AGAUUUCCAACAAUACCAAUUUGUAUGAUUCCAUAGAAACAAUGUUGGAAUCGUCUUCCCCAUUGACCCGUUAAACAAAUCAUUACAAAAACCAUUCUCUCUCUCUCUCCAUCCUCCAUCUCUCUCUCUCUUCCUCCUUUAAAAGACUCUCUCCAACCUGAUUAUUGUUGCAUGACUCACAACUAAUUUUUUUCUUUUCAACAACCUGAUUUUUGUUGCAUCAAUCAAAAAAGUCCAAAAAAGAAAAACCGUCUUAUAAAUUUCUUACAGCAAAUUGUGUAAUUAGUUUCUAACUAUGAUUUUAUGGGGCUUCUCUAUAGUCUCUCUUGUUGUAUACUUACUUCAAGUCCUUAAGAAGACCAUUCAUUCCAUGGCUUUAACCCUCAUGAAUUCUCCACGAACACCACCACCAUCUUCUUCUUCUCCUCCUAUCCCUCUUCCUCUCCCUCUUCCUGCUCUAUCCCCCCUCAAAUGGCUCUCUGCAGAUCAUCAAGUACCCGAGAACAACACGAGUAGUCGAGUUCUUGAGUCUGAAGAUCAAUACCCACAAGGGAAUUCGAAUUUUGGUGUUUUGAAGACGAAAGGAGUACCGGAUAAUUCACCACCGGAGAAGGUUAUAGGGUUGAACAAGUUGAGGAAGAGGCCGGCGAGGCUUGUUGUGCCGGCUCUUCAUCAUCCCGGGGGUGAUUUUGGUGAAGGAAAUAAAAAGUUGGACGAUAAGGAAUAUUUCGAGGUUGAAGGGAGAGACUACUGUUUGGCAAGCAAGAAAGGAAAGAGGGAGGUCAUGGAAGAUGGGUAUGGGGUUAUGCUUGAUAUUUUGGGAGAUCCUAAACAGGCAUUUUUUUCGGUGAUCGAUGGGCACGGUGGCUGUGCUGCAGCAGAAUAUGUCGUUGAAAAUUUGGGGAAGAACAUUGUGAAAGCACUUGAAGAAGAAGAUGAGUUAGAAGCAGCAAUUCGCGGAGGCUACUUGGUCACGGAUCAAGAAUUUCUUAGUCAGGGUGUAAGUAGUGGAGCUUGUGUAGCUAGUGUACUACUGAAGGAUGGAGAAUUACAUGUAGCAAAUGCAGGAGAUUGUAGAGUAGUUUUGAGCAAGAAAGGAAUAGCUAAUGCAUUGACAAGCGAUCACCGUCCUAGUAGGGAAGAUGAGCGAUUCCGAAUAGAAAACUCUGGUGGCUAUGUGCAUUGCAGAAAUGGAGUUUGGAGAGUUAACGGAUCACUCGCGGUUUCUAGGGCUGUUGGUGAUCUGCAUCUGAAAGAAUGGAUCAUUUCUGAACCAGAGAUCAAGAAGCUUCCUUUAACCUCUGAUAGCGAGUUUCUGAUCAUAGCUUCUGAUGGAUUGUGGGAUAAGGUAAAUGACCAGGAGGCAGUUGAUGUAGUACUAAGGGAGACAGAUUCACUAAAAUCUUGCAGAAAGCUUGUAGAUUUAUCUUCUAGCAGAGGCAACAUCGACGACAUAACUGUCAUGGUGAUCAACCUUCAAAAGUUCAUCGUUAAUCAAUGCAGAAGCCAAUAAGGAAUAGGUUUCGAGCACAAACUUCCUCCAUUAUAUCCCUCUUUAAACAAGGUGUACUCACGGAAGAAGAUAGAUGGGUGAUCAUCAGAGCCAUGACGACAAUUUCUGUGAGAUAAAUUAUUAUACAUGCAGUGACAUAGACUAGGGAUGUUGAUCUUUGGACUCCUUUUUUGGAGAUAUUAUUCAUUGGGGUAAACUUUUGUAUAUGUUUUAGUAGAUCAAAUUCGAUUAAUUUUUUCUUA